ACAGUUCCGCCGGUGACGGGGGUCGGAAGGCUUAUAGCGAACGUAUCUACAGGCUCCAGAAUGUCGACCGCCGACGACCCGAGGGAUCCUUCGCUGGAAAGGAGACUGUCUUUCCCUAGAGCAUGGAUAGCGGACGCGUCUGACCCGUCUUCUGCCUCGGGCAUGUUCCUGUCCGGCCUAGUAAUGGUCACGAAGAACAGAUACCUUGCCUGGCCAAACUUAUUACUUGCAAUCAACUCAGCGAUUAACCGGCAUCCGCUACGUACUAAAGACAGCGCGAACCCUCCGUUCAGUAGCUUAAUGCUUGCAGUUUUUGCCCUCUUUGCGUCCUACUUUCCGAUGUUCCUCAUCAGCCCUGUGUCAUCUUCCGCGCAGGCCCCUCAGGCUGUUCCCCCACCUUCUGGUCAAUGAGAAUGACAUGAUUUAUCCCCAUUCGCGAUUAGCAUGUGCUCCGUGAGCAAGAAAAG